AUAUAUGAACAAGAAGGAGUAUAUAUUCACUCAUCUUGUGGAAAGACUAAUGAUCAUGACAACUUUAUUUCGGGAAUAUUACGUGUUUUAGAAAAGGAGUCUGAAGUAAUAGUGGACUGGAGACCCCUGGAUGAUGCAUUAGAUUCUUCUAGCAUGCUCUAUGCUGGAAAGGACUCCAGUUCAGUUGUAGAAUGGACUCAGUCUCCAAAAGAAAGAGCUCAUCGAGGACCGGAACAUCUGAACAGUUACGAAGCUGAGUGGGACAUGGUUAACACAGUUUCCUUUAAAAAGAAGGCACAUACCAAUGGAGAUGCUCCAAGUCAUAGAAAUGGAAAAAGCAAAUGGUCAUUCCUGUUCAGUUUGACAGACCUGAAAUCAAUCAAGCAGAACAAAGAGGGUAUGGGCUGGUCGUAUUUGGUUUUCUGUCUAAAGGAUGACGUCACUCUCCCUGCUCUGCACUUUCAUCACGGAGAUAGCAAACUACUGAUUGACUCUCUGGAAAAAUAUGUGGUGUUGUGUGACUCUCCACAGGAUAAAAGGACACUUCUUGUGAAUUGUCAGAAUAAGAGUCUUUCACAGUCUUUUGAAAAUCUUCUUGAUGAACCAGCAUAUGGUUUAAUACAAGCAGGGCUGCUAGACAGAAGAAAGCUGUUGUGGGCCAUUCACCACUGGAAAAAAAUUAAAAAGGAUCCAUAUACAGCAACCAUGGUAGGAUUUUCAAAAGUCACAAACUACAUUUUUGAUAGUUUGAGAGGCAGUGAUCCUUCUACACACCAGCGACCGCCUUCAGAAAUGGCAGAUUUUCUUAGUGAUGCGAUUCCAGGUCUGAAAAUAAAUCAACAAGAAGAACCUGGAUUUGAAGUCAUCACAAGGAUUGAUUUGGGGGAACGACCUAUUGUACAAAGGAGAGAGCCAGUAUCACUGGAAGAGUGGUCUAAGAAUAUUGACUCAGAAGGAAGAAUUUUAAAUGUGGACAACAUGAAACAGAUGAUAUUUAGAGGGGGUCUUAGUCAUUCAUUGAGAAAACAAGCCUGGAAAUUUCUUCUGGGAUAUUUUCCUUGGGACAGUACCAAGGAGGAAAGAACUCAAUUACAAAAGCAAAAAACGGAUGAAUACUUUAGGAUGAAACUACAGUGGAAAUCUGUCAGUGAAGAACAAGAGAAGAGGAAUUCAAGGUUAAGAGAUUAUAGAAGUCUGAUCGAGAAAGAUGUUAACAGAACAGAUCGAACAAACAAGUUUUAUGAAGGUCAAGAAAAUCCAGGGUUGAUUUUGCUUCAUGACAUUUUGAUGACCUAUUGUAUGUAUGAUUUUGAUUUAGGAUAUGUCCAAGGAAUGAGCGACUUGCUUUCCCCUCUUUUAUAUGUGAUGGAAAAUGAAGUGGAUGCCUUUUGGUGCUUUGCAUCAUACAUGGACCAAAUGCAUCAAAAUUUUGAAGAGCAAAUGCAAGGCAUGAAAACUCAGUUAAUUCAGCUUAGCACAUUACUUCGAUUGUUGGACAGUGGAUUUUGCAGUUACUUAGAAUCUCAGGACUCUGGAUAUCUUUAUUUUUGCUUCAGGUGGCUUUUAAUCAGAUUUAAACGGGAAUUUAGUUUUCUAGAUAUUCUUCGAUUAUGGGAGGUAAUGUGGACUGAACUACCAUGUAAAAAUUUCCAUCUUCUUCUCUGUUGUGCUAUUCUGGAAUCAGAAAAGCAGCAAAUAAUGGAAAAACACUAUGGCUUUAAUGAAAUACUUAAGCAUAUCAAUGAAUUGUCUAUGAAAAUUGAUGUGGAAGAUGUACUAUGUAAAGCAGAAGCAAUUUCUCUACAGAUGGCCAAAUGCAAGGAAUUGCCACAAGCAGUUUGUGAGAUCCUGGGGCUGCAGGAGAGUGACAUCACCACACCAGAUUCAGAUAUAGGUGAAGAUGAAAAUGCUGGCAUGCUUGGUCGUCCAUAUAAUGAUAAUGCCUUGCCUGUUCUUACUGCCACUAGGUCCAAUGAUGACAACCCAACACAGACAUCAGUCCCAAAUGUCAGCAGAUUCACACCUGCAUGAUCAUUUUUAGUGAUUUUUUUUUAAAGAGACACUUUGUUGCAUUUAUUUUCAAGUACUUGAAAGGUGGAAAUUCUAAAUCUUGAUAUUGAUCAUGCUUUAAGGUUUAUGGAAAGAAAGUGUACUGUAAUGUUCUUGCAUUAAAGCUUUACAAAGAUUUGAA